CUCUGCCUCAUCCCCGCCUCGUUUGCGUCCAACUUUUUCUACGGCUACCAGUUCAACGCGGUGAACGCGCACAUGUUUUCGCUCCGGACGCGCGGCCUCAACAACGCGCUUUACUGGGGCAUGCAGAUGUUUGGCGCCUACGCCUUUGGCAACUACGUCAUGGACAAGCCGAGCAUGACGCGGGCUAAGCGCGCGCAGGUCGGUCUCGUCAUCACAACGGUCAUCGUCUUUGUCGUCUGGGCCCUCGGCGUUCUCGUGCAAAAGGACUUUUUGCGCGACGACCCCAAGCAGAACAUUGAUUUCCUCGAGAGCAGCCGCGCCGCGUUCCCCAUGAUCGUCUACCUUCUCUACGGUCUCGUUGACGCCAUUUACCAAAACUACGUCUACUGGGUGAUUGGCGCCAUGUCCAACGACCCGAUGGAGCUCGCGCGCUUUGUGGGUUUGUACAAGGCGUUCCAGAGCGCGGGCGGUGCGAUUUCGUGGCGCAUUGACGUGCUCGAAGUGUCGUACAUGAACCAACUUAUCAUCAACUGGGUGCUCAUGGCCAUCUCGCUGCCCUUUAUGUACUUGCUCGCGCGCAAGCUCUCCAACUAAAAUCAAGUUAACUCCAUUUUUUGAUCGUGCAG